CACCGUUUGACCCUCUUAAUUUUAUUACCUAAAAAAAGAGUUUUAAGAAAUUAUAAAACGCGCAACUUGCUCCUCCGCUCCUCGCUUUUUCUUGUCGCCUGGAAAGCUACCGAUUGCCCCGACUGCGAUAUCGACGAAAAUGGUCCUCCCCGACAAGGAUCCGAGAGAGGAAGUCCUUCAAGCAUGGUAUAUGGAUGACAGCAAUGAAGACCAAAGACUUCCACAUCACCGUGAACCUAAGGAAUUUGUUUCCUUGAAGCAGCUUGAAGAACUUGGUGUUCUCAGCUGGCGAUUGGAUGCUGACAACUAUGAAACUGAUGAGGAAUUAAAGAAAAUCCGUGAGGAACGUGGAUACUCCUACAUGGAUUUCUGUGAAGUUUCCCCAGAGAAGCUGCCAAAUUAUGAAGAGAAGAUCAAGAACUUCUUUGAGGAGCAUCUCCACACUGAUGAAGAGAUUCGUUAUGCUGUGGCUGGAAGUGGUUAUUUUGAUGUUAGGGACAAGAAUGAUGGUUGGAUUCGUGUGUGGGUAAAGAAAGGUGGAAUGAUUGUUUUACCAGCUGGAAUGUACCAUCGCUUUACCCUCGAUUCGAAUAAUUACAUCAAGGCUAUGCGACUGUUCGUUGGUGAUCCAGUUUGGACCCCAUUCAAUCGUCCCCAUGACCAUUUACCAGCGAGGAAACAGUACGUUGAAGCUUUUGUGCAGAAGGAACGCAAUGAUCAUGCUGUCAAUGCCGCAGCAUAAUGUGUCUUCUCCUGUUGGGCUUUCAUGAGAUAUAAACACCCAAAUAUAUGACUUGGUCUGUAAUAUGUGGCUUCUCAGCUUGAAUUAUCAAUUUGCCCUGACUUGGCUUAUAUGGCACUUGGUUGUUGUGCUUAUAGUUGUGUGGUUUCGGAUCUUUAUCCGGGACAUUGGCUGGUCCUUGUGGAUAGACAAACGAAUAAAAGCGGUUGUGCCGCCUUAUGCUUUGGGCCUGUUGUGUAUUUUUCAACGAUCUUCUAGUGGGCGAUUUGUCCCUCGGUUA